AUGGAAUCAAGGUUCCCAGAGCAUUUCCGGGAUCACAUACGGGCUCGUGAGACAGUCGAGGGGGAAGAGAGACACCCUCCUUCAGAACAUUUUUUAGACAGCCAGAACCAAGAACUCAAGCAUCAGCAGGAGUCUGUAUCCUGUGAAUUGGUAUAUGGGGACCAGAUGCUGCAGCUCCAACAUUCGGACUCCCUUCAGGGACACCGUCGGAAUCUGUGGGCCCGAAGUGAGGUCCGGCAACCAGAGCAAACUCAUUGGACUUCUAAGGUGCCCCCUCCUCUCCCACUCGCCGACCCCUCUGCCAGUGCACUCCGCAGCCUUCUCACCAACCUCCAGCAGGAAAUCGUCAGACAACAUCAAGUGUAUGAGACCCGGAUUGUCAGUCUACAGGAGAGAAACAAGGAGCUACAGGCGGAGGUGGUUCUGUUAAAAACAAACCUGUCGCGGCAACGUCACUGGUACCAAGUCGUACAAGCAAAGAUCACAGAGUCCGAAAGAGAGCGGACUGCAGCGGAGCUACGCAACUCGGCACUGCAGAAAGACAUGGAGCAGUUCUUCGACACCUUUGGUGAUCUCAACAACGAAGCCAAGAAGACAGAAAAUAUCAUUAGGAACUUUUGAGAAACUGUACAGUAAGAUGCAAUGUGGAAC